AUGAAUCUGAUCGCCUCCUCAAGAUGGAAGAGACCCUUCAUAAGCGAGUCAUUGGCCAGGAUGAAGCUGUUGAAGCCAUUAGCCGGGCAAUUCGGCGUGCUCGUGUGGGGUUAAAGAACCCUAAUCGGCCCAUUGCUAGUUUCAUCUUUUCUGGUCCAACUGGUGUAGGAAAAUCUGAACUUGCAAAAGCACUAGCUGCUUAUUAUUUUGGUUCUGAAGAAGCCAUGAUCCGACUUGACAUGAGUGAGUUCAUGGAAAGACAUACAGUCUCCAAGCUUAUUGGUUCUCCCCCUGGUUAUGUUGGUUAUACUGAGGGUGGUCAGCUGACUGAGGCUGUUAGACGCCGUCCCUAUACAGUGGUUCUUUUUGAUGAGAUUGAGAAGGCCCACCCUGAUGUCUUCAACAUGAUGCUUCAAAUACUUGAGGAUGGUAGGUUGACAGACAGUAAAGGAAGAACUGUAGACUUCAAGAAUACUCUCCUGAUAAUGACAUCAAAUGUUGGAAGCAGCGUAAUUGAGAAGGGAGGAAGACGGUUAGGAUUUUAUCUCGAUAAUGAUGAAGAGGAUAGCAGUUACAAUAGAAUUAAGAGUCUGGUGUUAGAGGAACUGAAACGAUAUUUCAGGCCAGAGUUCUUGAAUAGACUGGAUGAGAUGAUUGUUUUCCGGCAGCUCACCAAGCUGGAGGUGAAGGAGAUUGCUGACAUUAUGCUCAGGGAAAUUUUUGAGAGGCUUAAGGCCAAAGAUAUCGAGCUUCAAGUGACAGAAAGGUUCAAGGACAGGGUGGUAGAUGAAGGAUACAAUCCUAGCUACGGUGCAAGGCCAUUGAGAAGAGCCAUUAUGAGACUCCUGGAGGACAGCAUGGCAGAGAAAAUGCUUGCCAGAGAAAUAAAAGAAGGGGAUUCAGUAAUUGUGGACGUUGAUUCUGAUGGAAACGUUACUGUCCUCAAUGGUAGUAGUGGUACUCCAGAGAUAUUGGCUGACGCUGACCCACUUCCAGUGUAAUGCAUGCAUCUCUUUUGAGCAUGCUGUCUGUAGAUUUGGUUUGAACUGAUAUAUAGACUAUAGAGUUGUAGUUCUUUACCUUUCGAAAGUAAACCGCUUCAAAGUAGAAUUUGAUAUCAAUGGUUGGUUGCUGGUUAGGCUUUGAAGAUGUGUGUUAAUACCUAUGAAUUGCAUACAUGGUAAGUGGAGGAGAAAUAGAAUACGCAUAUGUGGCAGUAGGGCGGUAAAUUACGUUGCUACAUUCUGAUGAAAGCAAGGUUGCAUGGGUGGUCGAAAGUAAAGUGUAUGAAUUUGUACCUAUUCUUUCUUCCUAUCAGUUUCAUUCAUGAUGCCUUCGUAUUUGCAACACACUGUACGCAUUCUGAAUUCUAUACAGAACAUGCGAAUGCUUGUUACGGUAUCAAAGUUUGCUCAUUACAGUACA